GUAGACUCAAAAGUAAUAACAAAUGACACAUUCCUUUGAUCUGUGCUGUCGUGCUGUUACACGCCCUGUAAAAAUAAUAAUAAACGCACGGGCUAAGAGAAUUUAACUUGUAAUUAACGCUAGGCUGCAUGUGACCAGUCAGAGUCAACAGUGAAACUUUCCAGAGACUCAGAGACGCGUACUAAUAGAUACAACCACAAACAGACACCUCUCGGCGUUGACUGAGUCCAGAUACAUAACCGCGAUAGUUAACUUAUCUGAAGCAGCAACGGGCUGUGGUUGGGACAGAUUCUGGCUGCGGAUCUCAAGCACAAUAUAACGAAAGCAACGCUGAUGUACGGGAGAGUGAAUCUGGACAGUGCAGUUGCUGCUGCUGACUCAGGGGGAGGGUGCAGUGCCAUGUCUGCUCCACCGGAGGGCGUGCUGGAGGAGACAGUGGUGGCCGUGCGAGUCGAUGGGAAUCUGAGGCCCUUCCAGACAGACCUGCCAAUCAACUGUGAUGAACUGGACUGCCUCGGAGACGCUACAGAGGAGCGUCCCUUGCUCAUCGCUUAUCACCUGAAGGACCUGCGGGACAGCAAUGUUCCUCCGUUCCUGAAGGGGGUGCCCAUCACCUGCAGUGUGGUAAACACGGAGCGACACACCACCAGAUCCAAGGUUCGUAUCUGCACCCUGUAUUCUGUGCGUUUGACUCACGGCGAGUUCAGCUGGACAGUGAAGAGGAAGUUUAAGCAUUUUCAGGAGCUGCACAGGGAUCUGCAGACUCACAGGAUGUUCAUGAGCCUCCUGCCCCGGUGAGAGCCUCCAGCCUGCACAU